AUGACUGUAGAAUCUUAUGCAUGUCAAUCAUUAUCAAAUAAUAAUUAUCAACAAAUUCAUAUGGCUAUGAAUAAAUUACCUAUACAACAGAAUGGACAUUCAAAUAUGAAUGAAAAUCGUACAGAUGAUGACUAUGGUGGUGGUGGAAAUAAAAAUAAUUUACAAAUAUCUUCUAAAAAUGGAAUUUUGGAUAAUCGUAAAUCUCGUUCGACUAAUUAUCAUAAUCGAGUUAAUAUUCGUGUUGAUUCAACUCGUUGGUGGCUUGUUCAUUUUAUCCGACGUUUUAUUAUUGAUCCAAAACGUACAUUAACACGAAGUCGUAGUGUAACAGAUGCUACACGUUUUCUUCGUCAUAUUCAAGCACAUGUAUCAACAGCUAUUAAAUGUGAUUCUGUUUAUGAAGAAUCAUCGAUAAAUACAAAAAAACGACGAAAUAGUUGUUUUAAUCAUAAUCAUAUAUCUGAUGAUGAACAUAGUACAUGUAUUCGAAUACGUUCUCAAUCAAUGCCUAAUCAUAGUAUUUAUAGUUCUAACUAUCAAAUGUUAACAAUAAAACGUCGAUCACAACCAAUAGUACGUUCAUCAUCUGUACAUGAUCUUAAUCGACAUGAAGUAUUUCGUGCAAAUGAACUUGAAUUUGGUCCUAUUAUUGGACAAGGUUUUUAUGGUAUUGCACGAAAAGUUACACUUAAAAAAACUGGUCAGAUAAUGGUUAUGAAAGAAACAAAAACAUUUGAUAAAGAAGCACAAAGGAUUUUUGUUAAAGAAGUACAAGUUCUCAAAAGAUUAAAACAUCCAAAUGUUCUCAAUUUUAUUGGUUUACUUCUUGAUAAAGAUAAUCAAAUGUGUUUUCUUGUUGAUUAUAUUGCCGGUGGUACAUUAAAAGAUAUUAUUCAUGAUUUAUCAAUACCAUUAACAUGGUUACAACGUUUACGUUAUGCAAAAGAUAUAGCUGCCGGAAUGGAAUAUCUUCAUUUAUGUAAUACAAUUCAUCGUGAUUUAAAUAGUUCAAAUUGUUUAGUUAAAUCUGAUGGACAUGUUGUUGUAGCUGAUUUUGGUUUAUCAAGAAUAAAUCUUGAAGAUGGUGAUGAUGAUAUAACAACACAAAUAAAUGAUGGUUCAUCAAUUAAUUUUCGACGAGAACAACGUAGUACAAGUACAACAAUAACAUCAAAUGGAAAUAUUGUUGUUGUUAGACCUAAAACUCGACGACAAUUAUUAAGAGAUCGACAACGAUACACAGUAGUUGGUUCACCUUAUUGGAUGGCACCUGAAAUGUUAAAAGGUCAAUGUUAUGAUGAACGUGUAGAUAUAUUUUCAUUUGGAAUCAUGCUUUGUGAAAUUAUUGGUCGUGUACAAGCUGAUCCGGAUUAUUUACCUCGUACACAAGAUUUUGGUUUAAAUGUACAUUUAUUCAAUCAAAAAUAUUGUAGUAAAGAUUCUCCAAAACAAUUUAUUGCUAUAGCCAUAGCUUGUUGUGACAUAAAUCCUGAUUCAAGACCUGCAUUUUGUGUAUCUCAUCCAUGGCUUGAAGCACUUGCAUUAAGUGUUGAAACAGGCGUUUGUUUAUCCUCCAAUUCGAAUACAAAAUCAGAUCGAAUCUCGAAUGGAAAUUAA